GAGCCGUAAGGGCACCAGCACCGAUAAUAUUGUAUCGCCGUUCGUGCAAUCGCAAAAUAUAACCUCUCGUACGCGUAAAAUGACCCAGCUCUUAUCAGUCUACUUGGAAGCGUUAUUAUUUCGAGAAACUUGAUCCUUCGCUGUUGCACGUUCCUCGUGUUUUGUGUGCUUAUCACUCAUUCGACGUUUCUCGUUCGUUAAUAUCGCUAAUCAUGAAAAUCAUUGUAAAAAAGCUUCAAGGAAAAGAAUGUGUCGUAGACAUAUUACCAUCUGAGACAGUAUUGGAGUUGAAACAUAAAGUGAGCGAUCUUUUGGGUAUAGCUGUACCUCAACAAAGAUUAUUACUCACUGGCAAGACUUUAGCAGAUGAGAACCCGCUAAGUUUCUAUCCAGGAAUCAAAGAUGGCAGCAAGUUAAAUUUAUUAGUAAUCAAGAAAGCGGAAGAAGGCUCCAGUGAAGCGAAAUCUUUAUCCCAAACACAAAAAUCAGGUAUUCACUUGUUGAAAGAAGAGGUCUCUCGAGUGCUCAAGCGCUAUUACACAGUGUCGGACACAGAAGCCAUAGUUCACGAGUUGAUAAAGGACUUGAAAACCAAAGUGGAUCAUCUUAGUUACGAUGAUUUAGAAAGAAUAGCUACUGCGUUACUUCAGGACCAAGAUAAUGUAGCUUAAAAAAAUCAUUCAGUUUCCCAAAUUUUGCUUACUGAUUGAUUACCGUAAUACAAAUAUUUAAUUCGAGCAUUAAACAUUGCCUUAUAUAUAUACAUAUAUACAUAUAUAUACACAUAAAUAUUGCGUUCCUUAAUAAAUUGGCGUUGUACAUUUAAAUCUGUGAAAGAGAAUAAGAAAAAACGAAACGUAUUGGUCUGCGUUUGAAAUACUGCUAAAAAAUUUAGUGUGUCAGUUUAUUAAAAAAAAAAGCUCGCUGUAUAUAAA